AUGGCUUCCACCAAGCAGACUCCUAUGUCCGGUGCGCGCAACGUCUACAUCACCCGCAACAGCCGUCUCCAAACCCACCAAUCCAACAAACCCGUCUACACAGUGGAACAUUCUAAAACCAAGCGCACGCUAGGCAUCUGUGUGCCAUUAGAUAUCCAUGCCAGAGUUCUUGACCUCGCUGCCGAUACCUCUGAGGCACGUGGGCUUGCAGUCGCCCAAAAGGACGCCCGCCAUGCACGCCAUGCUAAGGCUGCUCUGGAGCGUGAAUUCCCUUACAUCCCGGCUCAGGACAUGCGUGCAAUCCUAAACCACGCCUUUCUCAAAGGCUCUGGCCGUGUGGGACGCAGUGGCACGGUCGGUAGCGAUGAAAGGAAAGUGGAGUUGGCAGCUGAGGCGCACAUUCGCCAUUUGCAUACGGGUUACGAAGGUCUUCUAGAUUCCGGGAUGGACCGGGAAGACGCCAGGAAGCUUGUGUGGGACAGGGUGAAAGAGGUCAAAAGGAUGUGGAAGGAAGAAGUAUGA